AUUUUGGUCAAUUAACCCAUUCUAGAGGCUUCUUCCAUCCAGGUUCUAAUAACUGCAUAUAACUUCGCCAAUUCCGGUACCUGCUUCCUCCUUCAUCCCGACUGAAUAACCCUAGAAGAGAAGAGAAAGGGGGAAAAGGCGGAAUUCGAGCUUCUUGGGAUCCGCCGAACGAUCAAAUCGAGCUCAGCCAUGGGAGGAGGAAACGCCCAGAAAGCCAAGAUGGCCCGAGAGAAGAAUCUGGAGAAGCAAAAGGGUGCAAAGGGUAGCCAGCUCGAAACUAACAAGAAAGCCAUGAGUAUUCAGGUAAUCUCCUUGCAUGCUGUUCUUAUUCCUUCUUCUGAUAUUUGAUUUGGUCAUUAUAGUUCAAUUCUCCCUUUUCCCCCGACGAUUGCCGGUUUCUUGAGUGGCGAUCUUCUACUAUCUUGAUACUCUCUGAAUUUUGUUCUGGGCUGCUGUUAGGGUUACUGGUUUCUCUGUUUAUGACAUGCUUGAAUUUAGUACACCAGCUAGUGGCCAUAGCAGUGUCUUAGUCUUUUGUGUUUGUGAUCAGUUUAUAGCAUCUAUUAUCUAGGGUCUGAUCAUUGUGUAUAUUGAAAUCAUGCUCAAAAUUAUGGCUAACGAGGAUCAACACAGUGUGCAAAUUCUGGGGGAAUUCUGUCCUGUACAUCAAGGGUCAAGCUGGAGCUUGAUUUAUGCAGCAAGAAAUGUUCCUGGUUUCACGCAUUAAGUAGUUUGGUGUUAGAAUCGUAGCUCUGCGAUUUUCGGUAAUGCGCUAAAAAGUUCGCAUAGCUUUACUUCGUCUGUUGAUUAUCCUGCUAAUUCUCCCUUGAGAUGAGCUACUGUACCAUGGUGGUGGUAGUGGUGGUUGUUUCAGUACUUGUGUUGUGCUGUUAUAGCUUGCCUGUGUGAUGAAGAUAUAUUUUUUACUCGGUUACACCGCAAAGGUAGUAAUUUGGUGUUCUUUGUUGUUUGUGCUGCUCCCCCGAUGGCUCGCUGGUGGAUCCCUGGAUGAUUGCUUCCGGUGAAUGCAGUGCAAGGUGUGCAUGCAGACAUUCAUCUGCACCACUACAGAGGUGAAGUGUCGAGAGCACGCUGAAGCGAAGCACCCGAAAGCUGAUGUGUAUGCUUGUUUCCCCCAUCUUAAGAAAUGACACAACUGGAAGUUGGAACAUAGCAUGGCAAGGUACUCUGAGGUUUGGUUGUAGAGUCUAGGAAUGCUCGUGUACCGUGUUGUUGCAUUAUAUAAUCAUCCUUACUUGUGUGUCCUGGAGGAUGCUUUCACUGGAGAACUAUGGUUUGUCCAAAUUUCAUCAUGAUUGGUGGUGUUUCUGGAAGAUGUUUCAUUAUAAUCUCAGAUUGUAAAAACUGGGCGUUGUUAAUGAGUCUUCCAACUUGUUGGAUAGUAUUUGGGCACGCGCCAAUGAAUUUUAACAUGUUACACUUUUAGGAGAGGUGAUCCUCUCCUUAGCAAAGCAACCCGUUUGUAUCGGUAGUUCAACACUAGGUUGACUACUGCUUUUAAUUUUCAAGAAUUGUAAUAUUCUAUCUAUGGCGCAAAAAAAAAAAAAAAAAAGUUUGUCAGAACCAAGGAUUAAAAGGUUCGUUAAAAAAAAU